CCUCUCUGUUUGUGGUGCUUUAGAGAACUCCAUGCGUUCCUGAGUGGGGAGCCCUUCAUCCAGUACCAGGAGAGCAUGUUCUUCGACCGUUUCCUGCAGUGGAAAAUGUUGGAGAGGCAGCCCAUCACCAAGCAGACGUUCAAGCAGUACAGACUGCUGGGGAAAGGAGGCUUCGGAGAGGUGUGGGCUUGUCAGAAUCGAGCCACAGGGAUGAUGUACGCCUGUAAAAAACUGAACAAGACUCACGUGAAGAAGAGGAGAGGAGAAAGCAUGGCUCUCAAUGAGAAACAGAUCCUGGAGGGACUGGACAGUCGGUUUGUGGUAAAUCUGGCGUACGCCUACGAGACGAAGAGUUACCUCUGCAUGGUUCUGACCAUGAUGAGCGGAGGAGAUCUGAAGUUUCACAUUUAUAACAUCGGAGAACCCGGCCUGGACAAAAACAGAGUGACGUUCUACGCUGCAGAGGUCUGCUGUGGUCUCCUUCACCUGCAUAGGGAGUCCAUAAUCUACAGGGAUCUGAAGCCAGAAAACAUCCUCCUCGAUGACAACGGACACAUCCGCAUCUCUGACCUGGGCCUGGCUGUGCGGCUGUCUGAGGGGCAUCUGGUGCGAGGCCGGGUGGGCACGCUGGGAUACAUGGCUCCUGAGGUGAUCAGACACGAACACUACGGGCUGAGCGUGGACUGGUGGGGCCUCGGCUGUCUCAUCUACGAGAUGACGGCGGGUCAGCCUCCGUUCAGGAUUCGAGGAGAACAUCCUAAAACAUCUGAGAUGGAGAGACGCAUCAAUACAGAGAUGGAAGAGUACGGGGACAAGUUUGGCAAAGCCACAAAAAAGAUCUGCUCCUCUCUGCUGAAGAAAGACCCGUCAGAGAGGCUCGGCUGUGGCAGUUUAGGAGGGAGAGAAGUUCAGUUAAAUCCUUUCUUUAAAAAAAUCAACUUCAGGAUGCUGGAGGCCGGACUGGUCCAACCUCCCUUCACACCUGAUCCCAGACUGGUGUACUGCAGUGACGUGCAGGACAUCGAUGAGUUUUCCACCGUGAAGGGAGUCACUCUGGACCAGAUAGACGCCAACUUCUACUCCAAGUUCAACACGGGCAGCAACCCUGUCGCCUGGCAGAAUGAGGUGAUAGAAAUGGGCUGUUUCCGAGAGCUGAACACUUUUGGUCCUGAUGGAACUCGAUCCCAAGACCUUGACGGGUCUCAGAGCCCUGAGAGCCCCAAGAGUCCCAAACACAGCCUGCUGAACCGGCUCUUCCGCAGAAACCAGCAUCCAGACUCUACAGAUGAGAGCAAACAGAGCUUGGUGCCCAGCGAGACCUACAUGGGUUCAGGACUGUUCAGCAGCACCCUCUAGUGGCCGAUAGGGGAAACACUUCAUCACAGACUUUAAACACACCAGGGUGGAAGUGGAGGAAUGAGGAGAGGAUCUGUUGUAUAAAGGCAUAGCAUUAAUGGGUUUUAUUCUGUUCUCCUCCAGCCCUGCUGGCAGACUGUAAAUCAGCUCUUCCGUUAUGUUAAUGUACAUUUUGUACUGUUUUGCAUCCCCGCUACACUCUUUAACACUAAUUUUGUAAACACCUGAGGCCUUUCGUUUUUUUCUAUAAUUAAAAAGGUUAAGAAUGUGAGGCUUAACUUUAAAUAUCUGCUCUCAAAUUCACAAGUUUAGUUAAAAAUUCCAAAAUAAAACAUUUUUAAUGCAGUGGCUCCAAGCCACUCUAAGUCUGACCACAUAAAAUGGAUAAAAAAGGAAAAUUUGUGCAAACAUUUCUAUUAUAAGUAAUGUGUACUGUAUAUAAAUCUGCCUUUUAGGACUUUUUCUUGCAGACUUUUUCAAAAAUUUCUCCUGAAGUAUUCAACACUUCAUCUCCCCCAGCCUAAAAAAAAACAAAAAACGAUGAAUGGCUUCAAACAGCAGCACACAGGGAUAAUAUAAAGGGAGGAUAUUUUUUAAUGUGCAAAGAUUUCCUAUGAUCUACAUUCUGUAUAAUUCUGCCAUCUCAGCAAUUUGUAAAUAAAGUGUAAAGUGAAUUUUUGCAGAUUUUCAAGUUGUGUUUACUAUAAUAAAUUCUGCAU